AUGUGUGGUGAAACUAUCUACUUGAACCAAAGCAACCAUUUCAUUGUUUUCCACACAUGUUACCCACAUUCUUUUCUUACCAUGACAAGCCAUAAUUUUGAACUUGAUUGCAAGAAAAUUCAUGAUUCUUUGGGGGCUUUAAGCCAGUUGAUUCAAUCUCUGGCUUGCCUAACUCAACUUGAAAGGCAACAACUAAGGGAGACCUACAAGGCAGUGUAUGGAGAAGACUUGAUAAGUCAUCUUCAAAGAUAUGAAGAUGUGUUUUCUUCUACCAUGAAGUGUUCUGCUUUAUCCUUGUGGAUGCUUGACCCACAUGAAAGGGAUGCUAUUGUGGCUAGGGAAGCUCUUCAGCAAGAUGAGACCAAUUUCAAGGCUCUUGUGGAAAUUUUUGUGGGUAGAAAAUCAAGUCAUGUUCUUCUCAUCACACAGGCCUACCACAACAGAUUUAGAAGGCUAUUGGACCAAGAUAUUAUAAAUUUGGACCCACCACAUCCAUUUCAAAAGAUUCUUGUGGCAUUGGCUGCAUCACAUAAAGCUCACCAAGCAGAUGUCAACCAUCAUAUAUCUAAGUGUGAUGCUAUAAGGCUCUAUGAAACUGGGGAAGGAAACUUAGGAGCUGUAGAUGAAGCUGUUGUGCUAGAAAUUUUAAGCAAGAGGAGUAUUCCCCAACUGAACCUUACAUUUUUGAGUUAUAAACACAUUUAUGGGCAUGACUACACAAAGUCUAUCAAGAGGGGAAAAUAUGGCCAAUUUGGUAAAGCUCUAAUGGUGGUUGUGAAAUGCAUUUGUAAUCCAGCACAGUACUAUGCAAAGGCAUUGUAUACAAGCAUAAAAGGGGAGAAAAGGGACAUAGGAUCUUUGGUAAGAGCAUUGGUAAGCAGGGCUGAGGUAGACAUGAAUGAUAUUAGAAGGGUUUUCAAGGAAAAGUAUGAGAAGGAACUUGCUGAUGUUAUAUGUGAAGGCAUUCCACCAGGGGACUACAGAGACUUUCUAGUUGCCUUGGCUACAAGAUCUAAGUAG